GUCUUUUACUUUUUUUAGUCACAGAUAACGAAAGCAAGUCCGACACGCAUUUCUUUUCCUGAUCUUGAAACUGAGUUACUUUGCAGCUUUUUUUCCCGUCCUGCAAAGAGAACACCCCUUGCCAUCAUGUUGUUAUCGUGUAGCAGGCCUGGGUUGGCUUGCUAAGUGCACACAAGAUACUAGUACACGGAAUGAUAAGUGCAGUCCGAGACUGGUGUGACCAGCGGAAUGCUAACGGGAAAUGGAACUCGUCCCGGUACUGCGUGGGGAGCAUUUCGGUGCCUGCACGUUUGCUGGCUGCUAUGGCUCGGUGCUUUCGUCAACUAUAGUACACAGCAAUCCAAUGCAGAGGAUCCAGCUAGUGAUUGGCUGUGCAGCGCAAGCGGUGUUGCGCAGUACCAUUUCCAGUUCCACACGCAGUGGAUAGACCCACCUCCACCACAAUCCCAGCAGCCUACGUGGUCUUGGACAUACGGAGCUUCUCACUCACCCUGUUUCACCAUGUGGAGAGAAGGAGAGAAGCUGGAUGCAAAGUACCCGAAAAGGCAGCAACGAGGUGGCUUUGGUAUUCAUGGUUUAGACCUGCUGCAAACCUCAGACCCAGGAAAUGAUCCUGUCGUUCAAACAGUUCAGGAGGCAAGUAUCAAACUGAACCGAUAUUACCCGCUUGUGUCAGCCAUUACUGAAAUCCACCCAAGUCCCGACUGGUUUGUGGGAAUAGAUUCCCUUAGCCUUUGUGACGGUCCUCACUGGAUACAGCAGCUGGCUAUUCCAGUGUAUCCGUAUGAUUCAGGUUGGGACAGUGGACUUAAUUUCACCUCCUCAAAUCCACUUGAAAGCUGGGAACGUGAACGGAUAGCAGCCUUGACAACAACAAGCAGACGCAGUCUUUCGUUUCGCAAAAAUUGCUCUGAUGCGGUCACUUCAGCCAUGGGGGUGUAUCUAUUCAAUUUGACAGAAGUGGAUGAGGAGGCUGAUGUACAGAACAGUUACUGCCGUAAUACUGGCAUCACGAGUGCUCCAACCCAAGAAACUCCAACAGAUAUCACCCCCGGCACUACUCCUCAUGUUUCGAAUCGCACGAUAGGCGGCGGCUGUCCAAGCAAGCUGCCGCAGAGAGUGUCUUGGAUAGAUUGCAAUAGCGAUGCAAACUGUACGCUCACAGGCUCGACUGGCGACAUCUGCUGCAGUGAUCCUGGUCUGAGCAACCUGUACAGUAUGUGUGUCGCUGGCUGUUACGCAAUGCAGUGCAGACAAGCGUGCCCACACGGUCGUUAUCAGUACACGCAGCAGCACUGCCCUAUGUGUAUAUGCGAUCCUACUGACCCAUGUUCGACGACUUUCACAGGUGCUCCAUCAAUCUCUACAUCGGCCACAGCCACGAGCAACGCUACUACCAUCACAGUCACUGAGCCAGCGACCAGCACACACAUUACAUCCAGUAAAGCUACAGGCAGCAGCAGCACCACCACUGGCAGCAGCAGCACCACUAGCAGCAGCAGCAGCUCGCCACACGCAAGUACAUCAAGCAUAGCAGUGUCAAGCCACUCUACUAGUCACGUGCCAACAGCAACUCCUCCAGUUCCUCCUCUUACUUCCGCCAUUGGAACAACAAUUCAAACUAAACCCCACACUACGCAACCAUCACAGCCCAGCAGCAGCAGCAGCAGCACCACCACCAACAACAAGAAUACACCACUGUCAACAGCACCAACAAUACCAGUCACCACACCGACCAGCUUCCCGUCACCCAGUGGAUCUACGGUAACAAGUGGAAAAGUAACACGUGCAACACCUAUGACAUCAUCUAUGACAUCAUCCACUUCCAAGGCAACAUCUAUGACAUCAUCCAGUUCCAAGGAGUCAACCGUGCCCAUUACCGACACCACCCAGACAAAGCCGGUAUCCACUGCGGACCACAGUAGUAGCACAGCGAGUCGGGCUACUCCAGCCGUGACGUCGGCAUUCACUCAUUCCAUGGCAUCAUCAGGUGCCACGACUCAUGCAGUUAUGUCAUCGAAUAGCACCCGUCCAGCAACGACGUCAUCCAGCUCUCUGUCGUCUUCAUCAUCAGUGUCAACAGCAGUGACAGCAGGACCUGUGACAGAGCCGCACAGUUUACGAUCCGGAUCAGCAUUGGCACGUGGCCUUGUGGGUGCUGUGAUUGCUCUGUGUGCAGUAGUUGCACUUUCCUUUCUGAUUGUAAAACUCCGUCAAAAGAGUAAUCGAUGUCGCUCACUGCUAAGUCAUUUCAGGUUCCAGAGAAUAGAAAGACCAAUAUCGAUGGAAAGUCUCGUCGGCCGGAAUGAUCAAGAACCCGACAUCUCCGUGAGGACAACUGGCAGUCUCCAUUUCUUUGAGAAUGAAGCGUACGAAGGUGGAUCGGAUGGCGAGGAGAUGCUGCAGAUGGAUGAUGAGUGUGAGAUGUAGGUCAGAUUAUCAAAUGCCCUCAUUGCAGGCUCGGCGGAACCGGUCCGGUUGGUCAGGCCAUGGCCGGACCAACGUUUUGCCCACCAAUUUGUGUUUAGUGCUGAUGAGGUCAUGUGUCUACACUCCAUAAAACAGACAGUCUCCAUCAUACACAAAGUAGGAUAGGUUAGGGUAUGGCCGGACCAAUAAAAAAGAAACUGCUUCCACACCGGUCCUGCACUGCCAGUGUUGUUUUAGAGAGCCAUUCCCCUGGUCAGCUGGUCACCUGGUCGUGUGCUAAGUGGAUGGGAUUGAUGGUUUCGGAUCAGCUUCACUGCUACACACUGUAUCUUGGCGUGAUUGAACGUGCCUCUCAGGCGUCAGCACUGAUUUCCGGCUUGGCAUUUAAUGAUAGUGGUCUUGAAUAGCCUCGGAGACAUCGGAGACAGGGCAAUUGACUUACAUGUACGUGGUACGCAAAGGCCACGAGGAGCCUGGAACUCGUUCUGCUUAUAGCUGUCAGUAUCCUACACAACACGAUGCCAGUUAGCUAACGGCAUGGCUGACCCAUGUUGCGACAGAAGCACGACAUCAUUUGCAGACCAGUGCAUGGAUACGAAGCUGUCUUGAGACCGGGCAAAUUUUGAUUUGGUCAGCAAUAACACAGCGUACCUUUGAGAUUUUCCAAAUUCCUCUCUUUCACCGCUUGGUGGCGAUCGGCCAAAAAGGUUGUCAUGGAGGGAAAUGAUGCAUAAUUAGCCAUGACGGCAUGUCAGAGCAACAACUACCAAUUGAUCUCAUUUUUGAAAACUCCAAUUGGCCAAAGUUUAAUGACAGCCAAACCUUCCAUCUCAGGAUCGGCCAAAGUUUCGGCUCACUGGCCAAAAUUUGUCGAUUUACAGUAUCAGUGACUCUACUGGCCAAUCUCUCUUCUGUCUGCAUCUACCUGAAGAGAUGGCAAUGCCAUGUACUCGCAGAAGCUUUCAAAGAAGUUGCUUGCGAAGAGCCUCAAGUUAGUUUUGUUCUUCAGUCUGGUCACCUCUAAUUAUUUCAAAGUAUUUUAAUUUCGAUAUAACUCUAUUUUUUUGAAGAGCCCCAUUUUAUCCUAUCAUUUCCAAAGUGCCACUGUUUUCAAUCAAGACUAGACAUACUUGAGCUAUACUUGCAUCCGGAUGCGAGCAAAACAUGA